AUGGUUUGGAAUGGCCGAAUUGGCACCAUGCUGCAAAAGCCAUGCCAUGCUUCGGCGGUGUUCGUGUUUGUUUCUGUGCGUUUCGCUGUCGUCGGUCACAGUCUCAACUGCCGAGGCACACUUGAACGGCUAGGAGACUCGUCGUCUCGUGUCAAUCAUCAUCUGCACGACCGGAUUACAACGCGAACAAAUGUUCCGCUCAUUGCGUACACGCAGACGCGGACGCGGACGUACGGCGUGGCGUGUCCCCCCGUACGUCGUUGCUGUCGAAACGCAGUUACCCUCGACGCGUCAUUGUGGGGCUGA